CGCCGAUACUCAACACACGAAUUCAGCCUUUGAAAGUAUUUCCUGCAGCCGCAAGGUAGAGGCGAUGGAGAUACAUUAUUAACUUAUUGGGCUGAGGCGCCGUUUCGUUAUGCAACCGGGCUGAAGUAAAUCAGCAGCAGGGCGCUGGCAGUCGCUGGAACGCCGCCCGAAAACUCUUUCCGCAACAAUGGACGAAGCUAUUUGGAGCAAAUGCAGGCCGCACCUCUCCGUGUGGUAGUCGCCGCGCCCUCGCCUCACCCUCAACCGGCGUUUUAAAACUCAAAUGAUAUUUGUUUCCAUUUUGAAGAAGGCAAGAAAGGGACUAAAGAUGGAAACACGUCAAUUAAAAAGAUUUCCAUUUUAUUUUAGCGUAUACCAAGGAGGAAUCCUAUUUAGCCCUUUCCUUAAAUCACCUGGGAGAAGAAAUCAGGAUCAAAGAGCUGUGAGAAAAGCUAUGUCAGAGAGGAGGAAAAAAUGAAGAACAUUUCUAAAAUGGGUGCCAGUGGCAACAGCCAAUCAGACAGGAUUGCUGGUUGGCAGGUGAGAAAGUCAGCAGGAGGAGGCAAUGUAUGGGACAAGCCCCCACAAUCGGAUCUUUGGGAAAGAAGUGCUCUAGGACUGGGUUAUUCAAUAAGCAGGAAAAUUUCCCAAUCUAGUAUUUCUGUCUUGGAAGACAAUGGAUCUAAAAGUAUUGAUCUGCCUGGAAGUGUAUCAGAAAUGAAGGAUGAACUUAAUAAUUACUCCACAUGUGUCGUUAAAAACACAAGUAUUGAUGAACAAUCUGAUCAAAUCACACCAGCCAACGAAUCCUUCAUGAAGAGACUGAGUAUGAGAAUAAAGCAAUUGUUACCCUUCAGACAACUAACUAUGCAGAACAGAAAUGAUCCAACCUUGAAUGAAGUCAUCCUCACUUCCUUUUCACAACGGAAGAAAAGAGAAAGGAUUGGAAGAACUUCUGAAGACCACAUGCCGGAGGCAAAGGCUUACAUUCCAUAUGAAAGUGCCAGGUUUCACAUUGCCAAGGUAGUAGAGGAUAUGCAUCAAUUGAGAAACAAGUAUAUAAAGCACAUCUGUGAAAUGGAGGAAAGUUUACACACUCCAGAAAAGGAAAAGAAGGAACAGAGCAUCCUGAAGCUUCAAAAGCAACACAGAGAUAAGAUGACCAUUUUUAAAGAAGUUCUGAAAGCAUAUCAAGAGCACAUAAAAAAGAAUAACAAAUAUUGGGAAGAUCUGGUACAGCAUUUAAAGAAUGAAAAUAACCAACUCAUCCAAGAACAGAUCCAAGCUAAGCAAGAACUUGAAAAAUGGGAAUAUCAAAAGACUAAAAUUAUAGAAGGAUUUUCCCAGAAGAUUGAUCUAUUAUACACUCAUCAGAUUUCAACUCUGAAAGAACUUCAUAUAACUAGAUUAGAGUUGGAAAGAGUACAAGAAAUGCUAAAACUACAAGAAGAAAUUGUCCCUGAGAAACAAGAAAAAAAUUGUCUGCAAGCAACCUCAGAAAUCAAAAUAUCUGAUGAUCCAGAUUUUGAGGUACAGGAGAACUGUUCCCAGGAGGUUCAUGAACAGAGGCAAAACCUAAAGAAUUGUAUAAAUACUCUGGGAGAAACAGAACACACUGGAAAUGAAAAGUGGGCUACUGUCAUUGGACUACCAGAAGAAACACAAGAAAAGGAAGUGCACUCUAGUGCUGCAGAGGCUUCUAAGGAAUAUUUUCAGGAAAAGGCUUGCAUGAUACUUCCUAGUUUGAGCAAGAAAGAAGAUAACUCAUCAGGUACUGAUCAGACUAAAAUUGCAGAAGCUCAAAUGAUUCUGGAGAAGCUGAAGCAGACUCUCAGUAAAAAGGAAGAAGAAAUUGCUGAGCUUCUUCAAGAUGAAGGUCAGCCUGAUAAUCAUUUUACAACAUGGACUAAAAACCAGCUUGUCCACAGUGACCCAUCAAACAUAUUUCUAUUGAAGAAAAUUUUAGAAAAGUUUCAUUCUGUUUAUAGUGAAGUUCCUGAAGCACGGCAAUUUAUUGACUGCCUCUUAAAUGAGAAUAAUGGGAAGGUAAUAACAGCCAAGGAAACUUUGAAAAGACUACAACAAAACGUGAUUGACUCCGAACAAGUCAUGGGGGGAAAUCCUACAGAUUUUAACAGGUUUCAGUUUCCAAAGGAUCCUGACAGAAAUCUAGAAGAUGUACAAGCUGAACUCUGGGAAGCAGAGAUGGCAGUGGGGGCACUAGGUAGCAUUAGUUCUGGAUGUAUUAAUGAACAACUGUACUCUAUUGUGACAGGUGCACAAUGGAGAGUAUCCUGACUGGUUGCAUUAGUGCCCAGCAAUAGAAAAGGCUACAAAAAGUAAUGGAUACAGCCCAGUCCAUCACAAGAAAAGUCAUUUGAGUACAUCUAUAAAGAGCUUUGCCACAAGAAAGUAGCAUCCAACAUCAAGGACCUCCACCAUCCAGGCCAUGCUCUCUUCUCAUUGCUACUAUCAGGAAGGAGGUAGAGAAGCCUUAGCCUCACCACCAGGUUCAGAAACAGUCAUUACCCUUCAACCAUCAGCUUCCUGAACCAGCAUGGACAUCUUCACUCACCAUACAAAGACCAUUGAACACAACCUAUAGACUCACUUUCAAGGACUCUAUAAUUCAUGUUCUCAGUAUUAUUUAAUUAAUUAUUUGUUUAUUACUGUUAUUACUGGUUUCCUUUUGUAUUUGCACAGUUUGUCAUUCUUUGUGUGUAAUUUUACAUGGAUUCCAUUGUAUAUUUUUGUUCUACUGUGAAUGCCUGCAAGAAAAUGAAUCAUGGUCGCAUUUGGUGACACAUAGGAACUUUGAUAAUAAUAUUUUUAAUGUUAAGCUUUGAAGUGUAAUGUUUACCAUUAAGAAUAGCAUGGUAAUGUUAUAUUGUUUUUCAUUCCUGAAAAAUAUAGAUCGAAACAAUGGAGUUGAUAGAACUAACCAGAGACAAACAUUGAGGAGAGGAUACUUUCCAUCCCCAUACAGGCAAUUUUGGCUGAUAACAACAUACAAAGUUACAUAAAUACUAUUGAUAACCCAUGAGUGAAAUGGACUCUUAAAAUAUGGAAAGUAUCAUAAAAGAAUAUAAACUAGAGGGAGAUACUGUGAUUCUUAAAUGGUGUGAAUAUUACUCAGAUUUUACACCGAAUAAACUGGAUGCUAGAUUUAAGUACUGGACAGCUAAAGGAAUAACAGUUAUUUGCAAUAUAAUGAAAGAGGGAAAACUGUUCAGUUUUGAAAUGCUUAAAGUGAAACACCUAUUAGAAAAACAAGACUUUUAUCGGUAUUUGAAUAUGCUACAGUAUGUUCAUGGGAGGGUUAAAAAUGUAACCAGGGCAAGUACGUGUUUGAUAGAACUACUUAGAAAAGUAUAUAAUUCAGAUAAUGGUAGUGGAAUCAUUUCAAGCAUGUAUAAGGGUUUGUUAAAUCUUAAAACACAUUUGAUUUCAUACAUUCAAACAAAAUAGGACAAGGAAGGAGGGAUAAUUAUAUCUGAGGAAUAAUGGACAAGAAUAUGGAGGUAUCAAUGGAAGUGUACCAGUUCACAGAACUGGAGGGAGCUUGGAUGGAAAAACUUGAUAAGAUAUUUUAUUACACCCUCUCCAAAAUCCCAUUAUGAUAGUAACCUCCCUGUUUGCUGGAGAAAUUGUGGAAAUCAAAAUGCAAACCAUUAUCAUAUUUUCUGGGAUUGCCCUGUUUAUCAAAGACUAUUGGAGUGUGAUACACAAUGUGCUACAAGACAUUUUUAAAUGUGAAAUACCCUUAGAAAAUAAGACUAUAUAUUUUGGGUAUAUACCUUAAGAAUGAUUGAAAAAAGAUAAAUAUUUAAUGAAGAUACUGCUGGUAGUUGGUAAAAAGACUUUUACCAGGAAAUGGGUAUUACAGGAGAGCCCAUCUUUAAAUGCAUGGAUGGAAAUUACAAUGGACAUUUACAAAAUGGAGAAGAAAACAGCAUCUGUUAAAACAUAAGUUGGAACAAUUUGAUUCAUACUGGGAAAAAAUGGUUUAACUACAUUUCACCUCAUAGGCCUGACUUUAUUCUCACAAACCAGUGAAUAUAUUGGAAAAAUAAAAGAUCACUCCCUACUUGUACAUAGUUUUCUCCUUUUGCUUGUUUUUUUCUUUUCUGUAAGUGUAUACCUCAGAUAAAUAUUAUGUGGAGAUUUGUGAUAUAUAUGAUUAUAUGAUAUAUAUGUACAAUGUCUGAAAUACAUCUUAUGGAAAUGUUUGUUUGAUGAUGAACUUCAAUAAAAAAUAAAUUACAAAAAAAAGAACUAACAAGAGACAUUACAUUAGUGAAUCUCAUUCUCAUUAGCACACAUUGUAAAUAGCUACCUUUAAUAUUGAUAAGAGCAGAAUAACAUUAUCUGUAAAUUAUCUACUUUAGUCCACAACCCCAUUGUACAUAGAACUCUCAUUCACUAUUUAUCAAUAUAAGGUCAGAAGAUCAGUGGAAAUUGCCUAAUUUCUGUUCAUGUUUUUUUAAUCUGCAUUCAUUCUUCCUAAUUUAAUGCAAACAUUGUUUUAUAUAGCUUCUGGAGAUAACAGAUUGAAAAUUCUGAAAAUGAAACAUAAGAUCUUUGGAGUGAUAUGUAUGAACCUGAAUUUAAUGUAAAAUAA